GAAGAGGUUUUCCUAGCUCUGAUUUGAGCAGCGAUGCUUUUCUCUUAGAAGAAAAAAGUAAUUUUUGAAAGCCCAAGCCUUAAAAUGGCCAGGAAGAGACUUACAAACAAUGUGGCUUGUAAGCUUGUCAGUUAGUAGUCAGGGAAAUUAAAUUCUAAAAAAAUUCAGUGCUUUUGCAGCUAAAGCAAGCUUGGAGUAGAGUGAGCAUCAACAGCUUGAGCUGUUUGUUCAGGAGGGUUUGGUUAGACAGAGGCCUGCCCUUGUGAGUCAGGUAACCUGCCAGAGACUUCAGCAGAAUCACACUGCAAAAUUUCUGAGGAGUGUGCCUGAAAAGGUUAUUUUUAUGGAUUGUGCAUGCGUGUGUGCGUACGCGUGAAUGUUCUUAUAUGUAUUUGUACGUGGGUGUCUCUUAUCUGAGUCAGCAGCUGAUAGGUUUGCUUUUGGGUUUGUGUUUAGAUUUUAUUCUCAUGAUAUUACUGGUUUUUUUCUUUCCAGGAUUUGGUUAGUGUUUUAGACUCAUAACAUAUUUCUCUGAAGCUGAUGUUUUCCUAACACUUUCAGCUGGGCUUUGAAAGCUACUUCGCUGGAAUGUUUUAAACAGUUAAAAAACCUCUAGGAUUUGAAGUUUAUUUAAAUUAAUCGAAGGAAAUACUUCUGGCCUCACCAAAGAAAUAACUGGAAUCAUGGAUCAGAACAACAGCUUGCCACCCUACGCUCAAGGCUUAGCCUCCCCUCAGGGUGCAAUGACUCCAGGAAUUCCAAUUUUCAGCCCGAUGAUGCCAUAUGGCACAGGACUGACGCCGCAGCCUGUCCAGAGCACCAACAGUCUGUCCAUAUUGGAGGAACAGCAGCGGCAGCAGCAGCAGCAGCAAGCAGCGCAGCAAUCCACGUCACAGCAAGCCACACAGGGAACAUCUGGUCAAACCCCCCAGCUCUUCCAUUCACAGACUCUUACCACAGCCCCUUUACCAGGAACCACCCCUCUGUACCCCUCUCCAAUGACUCCAAUGACUCCAAUAACUCCUGCAACACCGGCGUCAGAGAGCUCUGGCAUAGUGCCACAACUACAGAAUAUUGUGUCCACAGUGAAUCUUGGUUGCAAACUUGACCUAAAAACUAUUGCACUUCGUGCCCGAAAUGCUGAAUAUAAUCCCAAGCGUUUUGCUGCUGUUAUUAUGAGAAUAAGAGAGCCACGUACUACUGCACUGAUAUUCAGCUCUGGGAAAAUGGUGUGCACAGGAGCAAAAAGCGAGGAGCAAUCCAGACUGGCAGCAAGGAAGUAUGCAAGAGUUGUUCAGAAACUGGGUUUUCCUGCAAAAUUUUUGGAUUUUAAAAUUCAGAAUAUGGUGGGCAGCUGUGAUGUGAAAUUUCCCAUCAGACUGGAAGGAUUGGUACUCACACACCAGCAGUUCAGCAGCUACGAGCCGGAAUUGUUUCCUGGCUUAAUCUACAGAAUGAUUAAGCCAAGAAUUGUUCUGCUUAUUUUUGUUUCUGGAAAAGUGGUUUUAACUGGUGCUAAAGUACGAGCAGAAAUCUAUGAAGCAUUUGAAAACAUCUAUCCUAUUUUAAAGGGAUUCAGAAAGACAACGUAACAGUUUCUACAGCUUCAGAGAAAUCAGGGGUAUAUUUUAAAAGGUAUUGUGUAUGGCACAGCAGUAACAAGAAAGGACUUCCAGUGCAACUGCAACACCAAGACUUGGACUAUUUCCCAGUUAGUGCCUACUUCCCUGAUGCUCAAGGGGAACUGUAUUCUUGAAUAUGUCUACUGAGUUACUGUGAGUUGCUUUACUGGGCUGUUCCUGGAGCAGCCCCUCCAACUUUUAUUUAUAUUCUAGCUUUUAAAUAGUUUUAAUGCCAGUUCUAUUAAUAGAAAAUCUGUAAGUUGGUUUAAAGACAAAUGCAACUGUGUCACUCAGUGUAUAAACCACUUAAAUUGCCAUGUAUAUAUGUUUUAAGUUCCUUCCAUAAGACCAUGGUUUUUAUAAUUUUCAGAACUUUAGCUUUCAAAUUUUUCAAUUUUAAAUUUCUUUGGUGCCAGACACAUUCCCUCUUUCCAGUAUUAAGCAAGAUAGAAUAAAUUUAUUAAUUAAAAUGGCUCACUGUACAUAUAUAUAUAAUAUAUUCCUUUCUUCUCUUUCCUUCUUCAACUCCACAU